AAUGAUCCCCACUUGCGUGAAACUCUGUUGCGAGUGGCACAGCUCUACUACAGCACUCGGUAUCCAGUGCAGACUGCAGAAGCGAUGACCGGCACUCUGGGCUCGAAUUCUUGUUUCAGCCCAGGCUUAGUGUCGGCAGAAUCAACACCAGCCUCUGCUACAGCCGAGGCUAGUCCGGCCUUGGCAGCUCUGACGGCUGCCUUAACUGGUCUCUCGGGCGCUUCCGGUUGCCUAGGCCAAACAAGUCAGAAUCCAGGCCCUUCAAAUACUCGAAUAACUUCGGCUCCAGCCUCAUUCCAAGUGUUGCAAACGCCGUUAAACUCUGCAGCCUUGACGCCACCGCUAGCCUCAUUGUUGGUGCAACCAGCUUCCCCGGUUUCUCCUCGUCCGCAAAGUCAGCAGGCCCAAUCGCACUCCCACCAUCAGCACCAACACCAGUUGCAUUACCAGCAUCAGUCAAUAACUCAGCAGUUCCAGGGCCUCCAGAGGUCAGACGAAGAGUCGGAUCAGUCUCAACUCUCAGCCUACAUACUUCACGCAAGUACCACGUCCCCUAUUGGACCCAUGGCCAAAUCUAGUGAUGACAAAGACCAAAGUGCAAAUGCAAGCGAUGAAAAAGGCGUCGGCAGAUGUGACGAAGACGAGGAGGACGAAGAAUCGGAAUCAGAAUCAAACAAGCUGGAACCAGCUGUGAAAGAGAAGGACAAGUUUUCAGUGCAUAAGAAGAAGUCGCAACAGCAAAAGAUGAUGAGGACAGUCAGGAGAAAACUGCAUCUUCACGAAACUGUCGCCAAGGGUUCCGGAGGCCGCCGAGGAUCCUCAAUCUAUGCGACAGCCACCUCCAAAUCCUGUAACAGUCCCCCUCUUGAGCCCAGCAACCAAGUGGCCCCGCAAUUCACUGCCUCUUCUCCAGGCCUUUUUUCUCUGGCUCCUCAGGCUCCUGAACCAACAUCAAGGCUCGCCUCUUCCCCAUUACCUGGUAGUCUGCUACCCUUCGGCCACAGAGAAGCAAGUGGUCUACUUGGAGGAUCACCUCUCCUCACAGGCUUUGGUGGCCUAAAAUGCGGUCAUCGCAAUCGCCAUGACGAGCCGGCCCCAGCCUCAGGACUGGCCGAUCCGGGGCCGAUCGGUGGAUUCACCCUUUCGGGCGCCAACUGUAUCCUGCCUCCUCUGCCUCCUCUGCCGCCACCCCUGCCGCCUUCAGGGUUAGAUCCCGCCCCAUGGACGGGCUGCUUGAGUCUUGGGCACUCUGCCCAUGUGCCCCAAGUCAAUGUCGGCUAUCCACAUGACGCCGGCGCCCAGACUGCAUGGCCAGCCCUCGAGGCCAUGUCAAGCAGAAGCUUAGAGGUGGAUAAAUUACGACUUGGCACACCUUCCCCACUGCCUGGGCAGGCUUCGUGUACCAAACCCACAUCCAGUCUUGCAAUGCGUGCUUCCGAAUGGUUCGACCAACUACCCCGUUCGGCCACCUCUUUGCUCAAGCCGCUUCAGCACCUGCCUUUUACUAUUCCACUAAUCCCAUCAGGAGCAUCUUCAUAUCAGUCUCCUCCUCUUCCACCGCCGCCACUUCCUCCUCCUCCUCCUCCGCCGCCGCCGCCGCCGCCGCCGCCGCCGCCGCCUCCUCCUUUUUCGCAGCCUCAUCAGUUCGCAGACAUGGCAACUAUUUCGCCGCAAUCGCCUUCCUCUCCCGGCCUCACCAGGCGUUACCAGCAGCUCUAUCAUUUGGUACAGCAGAACAUGCUAGCCGCAGCUGCUGCCGCUGUCGCAGCUACGGCCGCCACCAUGACUAAGGCACCACAAAGUGAAGAGGAUACGUCCACUUCGACACAUCAGCCCUCCUGGGCCUAUGAAGAGAUUGAACCAGGCAAAAUGCUGAAUGAUGAAGAUGAGUCUCUUGGCGUUUCACUGCUGCGAAAGCGUCGAUGCAGACCAGCUGAGGAGUCUGUCAGCAGGACAGACCACAAGAGAAGAGAUAUAAAGUGGCCAUGGCAACAGGAUGAAACAACGAAAGAAGUCGAAGAAGGGGAGGACAAUAAGACCAAACCGGAAAAAGAGAUUGUAGAUGAAGCAGAGUGCGAAAGAGAAGAAUUAAAUGCAGUUGGUGAAAAUGUCUGUGCCCGAAGUGGUGACGAGUUGGCCGUCUGCUACAAGGCGGAUCAACCUCGGCAACUCGAAGAGCCUCUGCCUACCAUGACGGCCUCGGCAACCACUUACACCAACACCACAUCAGCAGGCGACAACACUUUCAGCAGCCAAGCCACCAGCACGAGCCCACCCUCACCGAUGUCGGGUUCACAACAGAUGACGAGUCCAAAUCGCAGUGGGGGCACACCAGGUCGCGGUUCCGGUGACGGAGCACACAAAAGCAACUCAAUGGAGAUGGACGACAUUGACGUCAGUCAGACCGCGGAAGAGAUUGCGUCUAGAGCCGAACUGAGAACCUAUCAGCCUGGGCCGGAUGGUACCCCACCCCUCUCUAGCACCGACAUAUCGACAACCACUCACUACGCCAAGCGGCACCUUAGACUUCCGUCCGGAGGAGCCAGACAGACUGGCGCUUUGGAGACGAGCAUUUCACAAGAGGACUCAAUGACCAACAACUCCAACUAUUCAAUGAUGAAGACAUCUCGAGUUUCCAACACCACAUCAACUCUUUGUGAUCUGAUUGGCGUUCCAGUUCACGCGAAAGGGCAUAAAUCACCUUCAGAAAGUGGUAGUCCCACGAGAGAUGAUCUGGCCGUCUCACCUGGUCAACAUGGUUACAAGCACUCAUUCAGCUCGUGCGAUGUCCAGUCGAAUUCUUCUUCUGCUUCAUCCCCUUCGUCCUGUACUUCCUCUUCUCUACAGCCAGUUCGCCUGCAGCACAAACAUAAGCAACACCAGCUACCGUCUGAACACGACAAAUCAACUAAUCAGAAAUCACUUCCACUGCCUCCGUCCGAGCCUUCCAACAGAUGGCCGUUGGCCUGCUCUGGUGAAGAGCGGUGGAUAUUCUCCCAUGAUACGGCCUCGAACAACUCGACGUCAACCCCUCGACAGACCAAACUGUUCCGUCCUUUCACCAUAGAAACUGUCGUCAAGGCAGACCAAUAG